CGCGUCGUCAGUUCGCGUCGUUUCGUAAGCCGUUGCUGGUGGCAUCAGUUUAUAGUGACAGUAAAAUUAGGGCGUUGUGUGUUCAGUGAUAUUUAACUAGUUUAAAUAACACAAGAAGAUGUCUUUCAACACCGACAUAUCGACUAAAUUGGAAAAUAGCAGGAACAGUCUGCGCAAAAUCGCCCGGCACGAUGAUACAGAGUUCUCAAAACAGAGCAUCCUCAAUGACAUGGAGAAGUUUGUGAAAAUGGUGACCGCCAUGGACGAGACAGUGCUGGUUCCCAGCCGUCUGAUGAACUUGCCGCAGGAGGGUGACGAUGACCCAUUCAGCAUGUUUUCCAUGCUGAACGACUUGAAGACUGAGCUGCUGUGGUCGGGUGAUAACGAGGACCACGUGGAGCGAGGCAGGCGGGUGUCUGAUAUCAGUGAUACCGAGAGUGACGCGUCCAGUGCCGCUGGGGACUCCGGGAUCGAGGGCGAGGAUGAGAGGGAGUCUGCUGCGAGGGCCGCGGCGGCCUGCCGGCGACACCUGCGCGGGCUCCGGCGGUCGCUGCGCACUCUGACCGCCGCCGCCGCGCACCUCACGAGGUCGUAUCAGGAAGAGGUCGGCGCGCCAGUCUAGAACUUCUGUUCGUAUAUCCUGUGAUCGAAGCCUGUCCCGCACGCGGUGUACAUAUAGACUAAGCGGCCCGAGCUGUACAUAUAGGUUAAAAGGGCUGAACGUGUAUGGGAAUCUCAGUAAGUUAACGAGGUUAUUAAUUAUUUAAUAAACUUAAUUUUCAUUA